AUGACCAAGCUAAGCCCUGAAGGAAGUGCUUCUCUUCUAGGUAUACUGCAGCAUCCCGAUGGGACUGUCCUGAAGCAGUUGCAGCCACCACCUCGUGGCCCCAGGGAGCAGGAGUUCUACAACAAGGUUUAUGACUCGGAGUGUUGCGACAGCGUUCUUCUGGAGCUGCGGGAAUAUCUGCCAAAAUACUUCGGUGUCUGGUCACCACCUACUGCACCAAAUGAUACGUAUCUAAAACUGGAAGAUGUGACCCGUAAGUUUAAUAAGCCUUGCAUAAUGGAUGUAAAAAUAGGUCAGAAAAGUUACGAUCCCUAUGCUUCAGCUGAGAAGAUACAGCAGCAGGUCAGCAAGUACCCACUGAUGGAAGAGAUUGGCUUUUUGGUACUUGGCAUGAGGGUUUACCACGUCACCUCUGACAGCUACGAGACACAAAACCAGCACUAUGGAAGGAGCUUGACAAAGGAAACAGUGAAGGACGGCAUCUCCACGUUUUUCCACAAUGGAUACUGCUUGAGAAAAGAUGCCAUAGCUGCCAGCAUCCAGAAGAUUGGAAAGAUUUUGGAGUGGUUUGAGGGCCAGAAGCAACUCAACUUUUACGCAAGCUCCUUACUCUUUGUUUAUGAGGGUUCCUGUCAGGCAACAACUGUGCGGCUGAGCGAUGUCACCUUGGCAGAGAAGAGAGGAGUGCCCAAAGGACUGUUGUCAGGUGGAGACAUACUGGAGUAUAAUAAUAAUAUUCACCUCAUCAAUGCGACCGAGAAUGGAAAAAUCGAGGCCUCUGUAAGUAAAGGCUUGUCCAAAUUUUAUGCACUUCACAAAAAGGCAUACUCUAAGAGGCACCCCAGUCAGCUCUCUCUAAAAGUUGAAAACUUGGAGCAGGGCAACAUGUGGAAAAGCAGCACGUGCAUCACCCAGGAGCACCUGAAUGGGAACGUUAUACCCCAACUGGAAAAAGUUUUCUGUCACAUGCCAGCAGAGAUCAAGGAAAGCCCGAAUGUGGAAGUCCGGAUGAUAGAUUUUGCUCAUGUGUUCCCUAGCAACACGAAGGAUGAGGGCUACAUUUAUGGCCUGAAGAAUCUAAUCACUGUACUUCAAAAUAUUUUGGAUAACUAAAUUCUUUGCUAUGGUUUUUACUGGGGGGCCAAUGAUAAAGAAGAG